AUGAACGCUGGUACCACACAAAGAACACCCAAGACACCAAAGCCGACUGCCUCCGUGCCAAUUCCACAAAAGAAACGUUGGCCCCCUAUGGCGAACCGCAAUGCCCUCCCUUACAAGCUCACGCAUCUCUCCAAGGAGAAACUUGCCCGUGAAGCCACUGCCCCCGAUCCCGACCUUCGCCGCUGUGUGGCUCACUUCCGCCUGCACUGUGGCUCCGUGAUGUGGACCGAGAAUGAUAUGAAGUCUCGCAUCAGCUCAUUCGACUUCGAGGAUACCGACGAGGAAGAUGAAAUGGACGAUAUGAGAAACGCCGAACUACCUAUGCCUAAGAUCCGGGCCCCGGCCAACGAGCCUCAGAUUGAAAUCACCAACCAACAAGUCUCCAUCAGCGCUGAGCCUGUCGCUGUUCCUCCUCCCACAGCCUCACCACCGUCUCCCGAGCACUCGUCCGAAAAUGGUUUUUUGGAAAAGGGCCGUAACUGUCUUGAGGCAACAUCAAAACACCUCUGGACAGGAGGAUCAUGCAUGGUUUCUCCCAUUGCGGGUUAA